AUGUUAUGGAUAGAAUCGCUGCUGGUCCUGGUCCUGGCCCUGGCCAGUGGCCUAUCACUGGUGAGCGGUAAAACGGCAGCGCCGCUGCUCAGCUCCACGCUGAAGCCAACCAGCGCGCCCAAAACGGAAGCGAAGCCCACCAAACCGCUGAUGAUCAUCAAUGCGCCGCCCAUGAAGCAGAAGCAUCUGGUGCCGGUCAGCCCAAAGUCGACGGUGCAGGAUGGAAAGCCGUUGCAGGUGACGGGCUUUAUAACCAAGUCGGGCAACAUCUACGAGAUCGAGGACAAGCGCGGCAUAGGCCGCAUCGAGCCACGCCAGGCCGAGGGAGCCGAGGAGGAGCAGAUCGUCUGCAACUAUGGCAACGUGGUCAUCUACAGCGACGUGCCCUGCGAUCAGGUGACCAAUGUGAAGGUGGGCGAGGUGCAGCCGCUCAAUGCCGAGCCGCAGGCAACCGAAGCGGCACCGUCUGAAGAUCAGCAGGCUGAAGAGCAGCAGCAGCAGCAGCAGCAGCAGCAGGCGAGCGACACACCCAAUGCGCCACGUGGCCAGCAGGACACGCAGCAGCAGCGCCGUCGACGCCGUCGACGACCCACCGGCGCCAGCCAGCAGCAGCGCCGCCGCGUCAAUGCCAACGGCGCCGGAGUCCGUCGUCGCAUUCGCAGACGCAACGGCAACGGAAACGGCAACCGCAAUGGCAAUAGCAAUGGCAACCGCCGCGUCCAGCAGGUGCGUCGCCGUCGUCCCAAUCAGCGUCGUGGCAAUGGACAGCGCCGUCCGGUCAACAGGCAGCAGCAGCAGCAGCAGCAGCGCCGCCGUCAGCAGCAGCGUCGUCGUCAGCAGCAGCAGCAGCGUCGUCGUCAGCAGCCGCAGCGCCGCCGCCAGCAAGUGCGUAUCAUCCGCGAUGAUGAGGAGGUCUAG